AUGAAGGCAGCAGGGAGCACCAGCGCGCCGGCGGCGGCGGGCAUGAGCCCCUCCGGAGGUGAUGUGUUCUUCGUCAUCGUUUUCAGUCACCCGGAUUAAACCUGAGAACCCCAGAGAUGCGUCAUCGUUUACACUGACGCAUCUCGACUGCGGAUUGCUGCGCAGGCGGCGAGAGGAGGAGCAUCAACCCCGAGCUGUGGUACGCAUGCGCUGGGCCGCUGGUGAACCUCCCCCCCGUGGGGAGCCUCGUUGUCUACUUCCCCCAGGGCCACAGCGAGCAGGUAAAACGAAAUCGCAGGGCCUCUCCUUCCUGCCGACCGCCCCUCUCCAUUUCCAAACUCCGGCCUUCGUUCCUUCGCGGCGGAAACGGACGGGCGGCCGCCGGAGUUUGAAGCUCGCCGCGUGGGGCUGCGUCGACAAUUAUGGAUCGAGCUUCCAAUAUUCCCCCCCUCCCAAAAUCCAGAUCCUAUGCUCUCUCUCCCUCUCUCGCUGCACUGGCGGGUCGUCCUCGUCUGGUUCCCGGAAACGGUUGGUUGUUUCACCGGAGCUCAGGAUUCCAUCCACAGCUCUUCUGAUCUCUGGGGCCUGUCCAUCCUCGUCGUCUUCCUCGGAGAAGUUGCUCUUCUGACCUCUCUAGUAACAGCCAUCCCUUGCCUUCACGUUUCCUUCGGCUCCUCCAGGUUGCCGAAACUCUUCUCCCCUAUGUACAUCCAAAGCUCGGUGUUUCCAAGUCGCUCGUGCCCUAUUUUUCUGAGGAUUCUGUCCUCUGCAAUGGCUUCGAUUCAAGCGAGUUCUCUCCCCUCCCCCCCUCUUUCAGGUGGCGGCUACCAUGCUGAAGGAUGCGGACGCCCAGAUCCCGAACUACCCGAAUCUCCCCUGGAAGAUGAUCUGCCUCCUUCACAGCGUCACUCUGCACGUAGACCCCCGCCUUCAGUUCUCCAAACUCUCCCUUUCCAUCACCAUAAUUUAAAGCAAAAAUCAAAUGCUUAAUCUUUCAACGAUUAUUCUUCGAAUUUCCCAGGCGGAUCCGGAGACCGAUGAAGUGUACGCUCAGAUGACUCUCCAGCCAGCGAAUACGGUCAGUGCCAAUCUCUGCUCGACAGGCGGCUGAGCUUGCGGCCGAACACGCGGUCGUCUGAGAUCUCUCUUCUCUGGGCAGGGUGAUAAGGAGGCGUUCCUGGCUUCCGAUGCUCCGCUCAAGUUGAAUCGCCCGCAGACCGAGUUCUUCUGCAAGACGUUGACCGCGAGCGACACGAGCACCCACGGAGGCUUCUCCGUGCCUCGCCGCGCUGCGGAGAAGAUCUUCCCUCCCCUGGUAAGCGAUCAUUUCUUCUAGUCCGCGAACCCCCGAGGAGCUCCUGGUUCUCCUCCGCCUUACCUUCAACCCCGUCGCGCAGGACUUCUCGAUGCAGCCCCCCGCACAGGAACUCCAAGUGAGGGACCUCCACGACAACGUCUGGACUUUCCGACAUAUCUACCGGGGUACGCGAACUGGCGCAUCCACGAGGAUCCGCGCGUGAUCUUCGUCCCUGCAACUAUUCUGUUCAUGGGCAUAAUGAUUCCACUUUACUACAUUAAAAAAAUAAAAGGUUCUCUUCUCACUCGGCUCGAUCCUGACUCAGGCCAGCCGAAACGGCACCUGCUCACCACCGGGUGGAGCUUGUUCGUCAGUGGGAAGAGGCUCGUCGCCGGAGACUCUGUCUUGUUCAUCAGGCAUGAAGUUCUUACCGCUCUUAUCCUACCCAGCCAAGAUCGGAGGGUCCAAGCUUCCCACUUUUUAUUCUGAUUCAUCUAUUUGGGCGUAAUGGCAGGGACGAGAAGCAGCAGCUUCUCCUGGGGAUCAGGCGGGCGAACAGGCAGCCCACGAACAUAUCCUCGUCAGUGUUGUCUAGCGACAGCAUGCAGAUCGGCAUUCUGGCGGCGGCCGCCCAUGCUUAUGCGAACCACAGCCCUUUCACGGUGUUUUAUAAUCCAAGGUUGGUCUGUUUCGAACACGAAUAAUUUUUUUAUUUUAUAUUCUGAAAAGAGUAUUUUUUUAUGAUGACGGGAAAAUUUUAGAGCCCGGGUGAGGACUGGAAUGUCUGGAAUAUUUCCUUUCUCUGGCUUGAUAUUUUCAAGGGCAUGAAAAAAAAUCUAUGAACAGACAUUAUUUUAAUAACAUACAGAAAAUUUAAUAAUGUCAUGGGCCGAAGUGACUGAAACAUAUUUUUAAUAAUUUUCAAUUUUUAAGGGCAUGGAGCAAAAAAGAAAAAAUAUUUCUCAAAAUGGUUGUGUUUUUUUUAAUAUCGGGAAAAAUGUAUUGUCCAGUGUUGAGUACUGAAAUGACCGGAAUAUUCUUCCUAGAAAAAUUCCUAGCUGAGGUUAUUAGGCUGUUCGGAUUCUUCCAUCUGCUCGGAGAAUAUCAUCUGGGUUUGAAGAUGCUCCUAGAAAAAACAUGUAUUAUUCAGUGUUGUCUCAAACAUCAUCUGGGUUUGAAGACGCUCUUCUGCUGCAGAGCCAGUCCCUCGGAGUUCGUCAUCCCCCUCGCCAAGUACAACAAGGCAAUCUACAGCAACCAGCUCUCCCUCGGCAUGCGCUUUCGGAUGAUGUUUGAAACCGAGGAAUCAGGGACCCGAAGGUGAUCACCCGCCUCGUCGCUCGAUGAUUCCGGCUCCUAAUCUGCGCGUUUCAGCAGUGGAUAUAUUCCAGCUUCCUUCGUCAUCUCUCCGACGAAAACGAAGGAGAAAGGGAGAUGCGUCACUACUAUCUCUGUUGUUGCCAAUGUGCGGUCUUAAUCUCCUCACUGCAGGUACAUGGGGACGAUCACAGGCAUCGGCGAUCUGGACCCUGUGAGGUGGAAGAACUCGAAAUGGCGUAAUCUUCAGGUCCACUGCCCGGUUCAUGAUCCCUUCUUUCUUUGCUCCUCUGUUUCUCUGAGCGUUCGUCACAUCGGUGCUGCUGGAGCAGGUCGGAUGGGAUGAGUCGACCGCUGGGGAGAGACGGAGCAGGGUGUCCGUGUGGGAGAUCGAGCCAGUGCAGGCCCCUUUCUUCAUCUGCCCCCCUCCGUUCUUCAGAUCAAAGCGCCCCAGACAGCCCGGAAUGCCUGGUGAUUGUCCCCUUAAAUCGGUCAAAAAUCUAUAUUUUCUCUGAUCCGUAUUGAAGUUACUCUCCCGGGUCUCUCGCCGAUCUUGAGAUCUUUACCUGGAUGUGAUUGGAUUUCUUCUUCUGUUCUCUGCAGAUGAUGACUCUUCGGACAUGGAGAGCCUCUUCAAGAAGGCCAUGCCCUGGUUAGGGGACGAGAUCUACCUGAAGGACUCUCAAGGUCAGAAUGCGGGCAUCCAUGGCCUGAGCUUGGUCCAGUGGAUGAAUAUGCAGAACUCUCCCAUUACGGGCUCGGCGCUUCAGCCCGACUACCUAAGGUCAAUGACCGGGCCCGUCGUUCAGAACUACAGCGCUUCAGAUAUCUCCAAGCAGCUUAACCUGCAAGCCCAGAUGCUGCAGCAGAGCAACAUGCAGUUCGGUGGUUCAAAGCCGCUCCUGCAGCAGACCCAGCAGAUCGACCAUCUCUCCAAGCUGGCGGUCCCUCAAGACCAAGCGGGCGCCAGCUCCAUCCCGCAGCAGCAGAUGCAGCAGAUCAACCAGCAGCAGAGGCAGCAGCUGAUCGCCAGUGAAGCUCUGCCUUUGAACCAAAAUCAGAAUAACGUUCUACAGCCCCAGAUAAUAGUCCAGAGUCAUCAACUCCAGCAGCAGCAGCAGCAGCAGCAACCACAGAUUCAGAAUCACCAGCCUCUGCCUCCCACCUCCUCCCCCCUUAAUCUGCCGCAGCAGCAGCAGCAGCUCCGACUGCUCCAGCAGCCUCAACAGCAGCAUCUUCUUCUUCUGCAGCAGCAGCAACAGCAGCAGCAGCUUCAGGGUAGAAUGUCAGCGCAGCUGCUUCAUCAUCAAGCAACGCAGCAGACGCAGUUGUCAGAACAGCAGAUUCAUCUACAGCUCUUGCAAAAACUUCAGCAGCAGCAGCAUCUCUUGGGACAACCUCCAUUUCAGCAGCAGCAAGCGCCCGAGCAGCAGAAGGUGCCUCUGGACCAGCAUACGCCCCAUUUGCCAAACCUGCAGUCGCUCCCUCAGCAGCACGCAGCCCUGAAUCAGACCACAAAGAACUCUCCGGCAGGGAUGAUGCAAUUUCCUCAGGCGAUGCAGCACCAGCUGCAGCAGAAGUUUCAGCAACCUCAGGCUGCUCCGACCGAGAUGAUGGAGGUCGCUGUCCCCCAGUCAUCCGUCAACUUGCUCUCAGCAGCGGGCAGCGGCUUCCUGGCCUCGAGAGGAGCUCAGUCGGUUCUCACUGAAGAUGUCCCGUCCUGUUCUACCUCCCCGUCGACAAACAACUGCUCCGCUCUCCCCCCAACAGCCAUCGGUAGCAAGACGCAGCAGCAGCAGCAGCAUGGCAUUGCCACCGCGGAGGAGAUGUCCCAAUCUGCCAUCACGAUCAUGAGCUCUGCUUCUUUUGCCGACAUAAAGCCUUCGAUUUCUACUGCGAAGCUGCAGCAACCUUUGGUGCCCACCACCAGGGCAGCUUUUGCACCUCAACAAGCGUACGUCAACAACGCCGCUCAUAUGGAUUAUCUGGAUGCCUCCUCUUCGGGAGCGUCGGUGUGCCUCCCUCAGACAGAAGCCCACGAAUUGCAGCAGAACUUUCCUCUGUCGUCGUUCAGUCAGCAGCCUUUGUUCUUCAGAGAUGGCGGGCAGGGGAGCGAAGUGCCGGCAUCAGAUCCCAGGAACAACGUUCUCUUUGGGGUCAACAUCGAGAGCCCGCUUAGGAUACCCAUCCCCAGCGAUCCCUUGCUGGAGAAGGGCGUCGACUCGGCGAGAGAUUAUCAGAAUCAUCUCACGUCAGACACCACCCAGGCAGAGCUUUCGUCGUCAAUGGUCUCCCAGUCUUUUGGAGUUCCGGACAUCGACUCUAACAUCAACGACGGGAACUUAUUAAAUAAGUGCUCGUGGGCUCCGCCGCCCCAGUUUCAGAGGAUGAGGACGUACACCAAGGUCCGAUCUUUGUCAUCCAUUUGCGAACCCUCCUAGCAAGAACAUGCGGGCUGCUGCUCUUAGUUUUUCUUUCUUUCUUUCUUUUUUCUUGAACAUCGCCCGUGGAUCUGAAAUCGCAGGUAUACAAGCGUGGAGCAGUCGGCAGGUCGAUAGACAUCACGCGGUAUUCCGGCUAUGACGAGCUGAAGCAAGAUCUCGCCAGGAUGUUCAGCAUCGAGGGGCAGCUUGAGGAUCGUCAGAGAAUAGGAUGGAAGCUGGUGUACGUGGACCAUGAAAACGACGUCCUGCUCGUGGGCGACGACCCCUGGGAGUGAGUGGAUUGGAGCUCUUCUCCCAUCUCCUUGUUUUUCUGUUUUCCCUCGACGUCUCACCCCCCGGGCUCUCCGGCCUCCUGCAUGCAGGGAAUUCGUGAACUGCGUCAGAUGCGUGAGGAUUCUGUCCCCCCAGGAGGUGCAGCAGAUGAGCUUGGACGGUGACAUCGCCGGAAACAGCAGCCUCCCGAAUCAGGCCUGCAGCAGCUCCGACGGCGGGAAUGCGUGGAGGGGAGGCCAGUGCGACCAGAACAGCAACCCUUCCGCCGGAUCCUACGGCCACAUGGACUGA